AUGGCUUCUUCCACUCCCCCACCUCACUGUGCACUCACUACCUCUAAACCUUAUCAACCUCACCCCUUACCCCAAACUCACUCCCACCCCCACCCCAACCACCGGAACAAUCAUCAACGCCAUUGGUCCUCUCAAAAAGUCUCCUUGAAUCGACCUGCACCACCUCGCAAUGCUACCCACCCCCCACCUUCCCAAACCCCUAAUUUUCUCUCUCUAUCUUCAUCAAAAUCGGAUUUUUCAGCUGAUUUUUCGGGUCGACGUUCGACCCGAUUCGUUUCCAAGAUGCAUUUCGGCCGGGCAAAGAUAUCGGGUAACGGAAGGCAUUCUUCAUUUGCUGAGGAGGCUCUUGAAGAAGCUAUUCGUUGUUGUAAGAAUGAAGCUGGUUUAGACCAAGUGUUGUUGACUUUUGGGUCUAAGCUUUUAGGGUCUGAUGAUUAUACUUUUUUGUUCCGUGAACUUGGGAAUAGAGGGGAAUGGUUAGCUGCUAUGCGUUGCUUUGAAUUCGCUGUUGGACGUGAAAGGAAGCGUAAUGAGCAAGGUAAAUUAGCUAGUUCAAUGAUUAGUAUACUUGGAAGAUCAGGGAAGGUUGAUUUAGCUGAGAAAGUGUUUGAGAAUGCUGUGAGUGACGGGUAUGGUAAUACUGUUUAUGCUUAUUCUGCCUUGAUUAGUGCUUAUGCGAAGAGUGGGUAUUGUAAUGAAGCUAUUAGAGUCUUUGAGACCAUGAAAGAUUCCGGCUUGAAGCCUAAUUUAGUGACUUAUAAUGCGUUGAUUGAUGCUUGUGGGAAAGGGGGUGCUGAUUUUAAGAGGGCGUCAGAGAUUUUUGAUGAAAUGCUGAGAAAUGGGGUUCAACCGGAUAGGAUUACCUUUAAUUCGUUGCUUGCUGUUUGUAGUGGUGCAGGAUUGUGGGAGACUGCGAGGGGUUUGUUUAACGAGAUGAUUUAUAGAGGAAUUGAUCAGGAUAUAUACACGUAUAAUACAUUUUUGGAUGCAGCAUGUAAUGGGGGGCAGAUAGAUGUUGCUUUUGAUAUUAUGUCUGAGAUGCAUGCAAAGAAUAUUUUGCCCAACCAAGUCACCUACAGUACUGUGAUUCGUGGGUGUGCAAAAGCAGGGAGAUUAGACAGAGCGUUGAGUUUAUUUAAUGAGAUGAAGUGUGCUGGCAUAACAUUAGACAGGGUUUCAUACAAUACUUUACUUGCUAUAUAUGCAAGCCUGGGAAAAUUUGAGGAGGCUCUUAAUGUUAGCAAGGAGAUGGAGAGUAUGGGAAUUAAGAAAGAUGUUGUCACUUACAAUGCUCUUCUGGAUGGGUUUGGCAAACAGGGAAUGUAUACCAAGGUUAAGCAGUUGUUUGCAGAGAUGAAAGCUGAAAAGCUUUCACCUAACUUAUUGACGUACUCCACAUUGAUUAGUGUGUACUUGAAAGGAACCUUGUAUCAUGAUGCGGUAGAGGUCUAUAAGGAGUUCAAGAAGCAAGGUCUGAAGGCAGAUGUUGUUUUUUAUAGCAAACUUAUUGAUGCCUUGUGUAAAAAAGGCCUUGUGGAGUAUUCGUCGUUGUUGCUUAAUGAGAUGACGAAGGAAGGGAUACAACCAAAUGUUGUUACAUAUAACUCUAUAAUCAAUGCUUUUGGUGAAUCAGCAAGCAAUGAAUGUGGAUCAGACAAUGUCACACAGAUUGUAUCCACUAUUUCUCAGAGUAAGUGGGAAAACACUGAAGUGGAUAAUAUCGUUAAGAUUUUCGAGCAAUUAGCUGCUCAAAAGUCAGCUAGUGGGAAGAAAACUAAUGCUGAAAGACAGGACAUACUCUGCAUUCUAGGUGUUUUCCAUAAGAUGCAUGAAUUACAAAUAAAGCCUAAUGUAGUCACAUUUUCAGCAAUCUUGAAUGCUUGCAGCCGAUGCAGUUCAUUUGAUGAAGCUUCACUCUUACUCGAAGAACUUCGUCUAUUUGAUAAUCAAGUUUAUGGGGUGGCACAUGGACUUCUCAUGGGUCAGAGGGAAGGUGUAUGGGCACAAGCUCUAUCUCUUUUCGAUGAAGUGAAGCAGAUGGACUCUUCAACUGCAUCUGCCUUUUACAAUGCUUUGACUGACAUGCUGUGGCAUUUUGACCAGAAACAAGGUGCUCAAUUGGUUGUACUUGAAGGAAAACGUUCGGAAGUGUGGGAAAAUACAUGGUCCACUUCUUGCUUGGAUCUGCAUUUGAUGUCUUCAGGGGCUGCUUGUGCAAUGGUCCACGCAUGGUUGCUUAGUAUACGGUCUAUAGUGUUUGGAGGCCAUGAGCUACCAAAGAUGUUGAGCAUUUUGACUGGCUGGGGCAAGCACAGCAAGAUAACAGGUGAUGGCGCCUUGAAACGAGCCAUUGAAGGCUUGCUCACCAGCAUAGGUGCACCAUUCCAGGUAGCAAAGUGCAACAUUGGGAGGUUCAUAUCCACAGGAGCUGUGGUAACUGCUUGGUUGAGAGAAUCAGGUACACUUGAAGUGCUUGUUCUUCAAGAUGAUACAAGUCACUUGCGUGCCACAAGGUUUGGACAAAUUUCUAAUUUACAGCAACUAACAUUGUAGUCGUUUAUGUAUAAUUUGACAGGGGAAUAUAACAUUUUUCCAUUGUAAAUUAGUAUAUAAA